AUAAAUUAAAGUCACAAAAAUCAAAAUUUCAAUUGUUUCUUUUCUUUGUUGUUGAUCUUUUAAGUCUGUUGAUUUCGGGUUGUGAAAAGUUUUGAGUCUUUGGGGGAAUCGGGUGUUUGGGAAAUGGAGGUUUCGGUGUUUCGCGGCUCUCAGGCGGUGGUCAGAAAGGCGGAGUUGGCGCGAACGGAGCUUGGGUUUUCUAAGUUGAAUGGAAAUUUGAAGACCAACCUCUGCUUUGGUCAGAGCAAGAGCUGGAAAAGCGCCCGGCUUCAGUUUACUGUGAGGGCCGUACAAUCCGAUUCACCAGUCCGAUCCGAUAAAAUUUCGGGUCCUGCCAAAAGAUCCAAACCGAAUGAUGGAGUAAGAUUAUUUGUUGGGUUACCUCUAGAUACAAUUUCAGACUGCAACGCGGUGAAUCAUGCUAGAGCGAUUGCUGCCGGAUUAAAGGCUCUGAAGUUGUUGGGGGUGGACGGUGUGGAGCUCCCGGUCUGGUGGGGAACGGUUGAGAAAGAAGCCAUGGGGAAGUACGAGUGGUCAGGCUACCUAGCCGUUGCAGAGAUGGUUCAGAAAGCCGGCCUUGAGCUCCAUGUCUCGCUCUGCUUCCAUGCGUCGAAACAACCGAAGAUGCCACUCCCUGCGUGGGUAUCUCGCCUUGGCGAGUCUCAACCUGGUCUAUUCUUUAAGGACCGGUCAGGGCAGCCCUACAAAGAGUGUUUAUCGCUUGCUGUCGAUGAACUUCCUGUUCUGAAUGGAAAGACUCCAAUCCAAGUUUACGAAGACUUCUGCGAAAGCUUUAAAUCUUCAUUCGCACCUUUCCUUGGUUCCACAAUCACGGGCAUCUCAAUGAGCUUAGGACCAGAUGGUGAGCUUCGAUAUCCUUCUCAGCACCGACUGGUCAAAAAUAAAACUCCUGGAGUUGGAGAAUUUCAGUGUUAUGAUGAAAACAUGCUAAGGAUUCUUAAGCAACAUGCUGAAACAACCGGAAACCCUCUGUGGGGUCUUGGUGGUCCUCAUGAUGUUCCUAGCUAUUACCAGUCACCAAAUGCAAACAACUUCUUCAAGGAUAAUGGCGGUUCAUGGGAGUCUCCGUAUGGUGACUUCUUCCUUUCCUGGUACUCGAACCAGCUCAUUUCUCACGGAGAUCGCCUCCUCUCUCUUGCCUCGUCAACUUUCGGUGACACUGAAGUGGAAGUUUGUGGCAAAGUUCCACUAAUGCACUCUUGGUAUAAAACAAAGUCUCACCCUUCUGAGCUGACUUCUGGGUUCUACAACACAUCAUCUAGAGAUGGUUACCAAGCGGUUGCUGAGAUGUUUGCGAGGAACUCGUGCAAAAUUAUAUUGCCUGGAAUGGACCUAUCAGACGAACAUCAGCCACGGGACUCCCUUUCAAGUCCCGAGUUAUUACUUUCACAAAUUAAAACAGCUUGCAGAAAGCAUGGGAUUGAGAUUGCUGGCCAAAACUCAUCAGUUAUGGGAGCUCGCGGAGGCUUUCAACAGAUAAAGAAGAAUUUGUUGGGAGAGAAUGUGAUCAACCUAUUCACAUAUCAGAGAAUGGGAGCUGAUUUCUUCUCACCCGAACAUUUUCCUUCGUUUUCUGAGUUUGUUCGGAGCCUUAAUCAACCACAACUGGAGUCGGAUGAUCUACCUACUGAAGAAGAAGCUGCUGAGCCCAUACCUACAAAUUCGGAAUCAGUCAUCCACCUGCAAACCGCUUAAUUUCAAUUAGAAUUUAUAGUUGUAUUUGUGUAUAUUAAACUUGUUUGCUAUACGUAUAUCUGCAGAAACGACGCAAAAUUGUAUAAUCCAAUCAGAAGAACAGCAGUAUACCACUGCGUUACAUUGUACCAAAAACUAUGGUCCUCAAGCAAUUUUUAGGCUUUUAUUCUUCCUGGUAAA